UGCAACUAGAUAGUUAAACGUGUGAGAUUUAGGAUUAGGAAUGACCAAAAAAUGUUUGCACCGCCCCUUAUUUCUUGUACAUGCUUUUGCUAGCAACAUGGCCGGUGUAGUAGUGCUGGAGGCGGUGGGUCGGGUAGUGUUACCCGGAGAUGUGUUGCUGCUCCCAGCACAAUCACAAGAUGCCCUUCUUUCCCUCUCAACGUCCUCUGGAAUUACCGGCAAGGUGCGGGUAGUGUGCGGGCCCGGACUUAUGAGGCAGGGGGAUGAUCUGCUGGUCAGCAAGUGUGGACUGCUCAGGCAUCGGGAACCCUCUGUGUACUGGGUGGACUCUCAGCAAAAGAGGUAUGUACCAGUGAAAGCGGACCAUGUCAUUGGAAUUGUGACAACAAAAUCUGGUGAUAUUUUUAAAGUGGAUGUUGGGGGCAGUGACCAAGCAUUAUUGUCUUUCCUGGCGUUUGAAGGUGCAACUAAAAAAAACAGACCAAAUGUAAAGGUUGGUGACCUUAUUUAUGGUCAGUUCAUUGUUGCAAAUAAGGACAUGGAGCCAGAACUGGCAUGCAUUGAUAGCUCUGGGAGAGCAAAUGGCAAGGGAGUUAUCGGACAAGAUGGAUUUAUGUUUAAAGUUUCUUUGGGGCUAGUAAGAAAGUUACUUACACCACAGAAUGACAUUAUUCAGGAGCUGAUGAAUAUUUAUCCAAUGGAGAUUGUUAUUGGUAUGAAUGGGCGGAUAUGGGUGAAAGCAAAAACUAUUCAACAAACUUUAAUUAUAGCAAAUCUUUUAGAAGCCUGUGAACACUUAACCGCUCAACAGCGAAAACCAGUCUUUGCAAAGUUUGCAGACUUAUAAAUAAUUUUCCAUCCAUGAGGAAGUGCAUGGAAAUAUUUUGGAUGCCUGCAAGCUGUUUGAAUAAAUGUAUUUCUACAAAUGAGACAUUAAAACCAGCUAAACUUUAUUUUGUACAUAUGUCUUUUUUGUUUAAAUUUGCUGUAUAUAGUUAUUUCUUUAAAAAAAAAUGGUUUACCAUUCCCAUGUCUUUUAAUAAAACCAUAUUCUUUUA